CCUAGAAUGGGGUGGGGUGGGGUGGGGUGGGCUGGAGAGAAGAGAGGAGAAGGAGGUGACCGAGGGGACUGCAGCUGGGAGGGCGGUAACCAAGGGGAGGGGAACUGGUGGCGUCCCCAUCUCGCGGGUUCCGGAACGGCGACGCGCCGGCGCCCAGCUGAUUGGAGCCCUUCAGGCCUCCCGCGCCCGACCGACAGCCCAAUCCUAUAAAGCUUCCUCUAAGCUGGGCCCUCCGCAAACCGAAUCCAGAGAGGCUCGUGCCUUGCUUGCUAAGGAACCAUGACCGGCCGGGACGAGCUGUCCGACGGGCGCACUAGCAGCAGGGCGCUGGUGCCUGGCGGUUCCCCCAGGGGCUCGCGCCCCCGGGGCUUCGCCAUCACGGACCUGCUGGGCUUGGAGGCCGAGCUGCCUGUGCCCGCCGGCCCGGGACAGGGAUCCGGCUGCGAGGGUCCGGCGGCAGCGCCGUGCCUAGGCCCGGGGCUUGACCACUCCAGCCUCGCGCGUGGGGCCCUUCCGCUGGGACUCGGCCUCCUCUGCGGCUUCGGCACGCAGCAGCCGACGGCCGCUCGAGCGCCCUGCCUGCUCCUAGCGGACGUGCCGUUCCUGCCGCCCAGGGGCCCCGAGCCCGCUGCCCCGCAGGCCCCCAGCCGUCAGCCGCCUGCGCUCGGCCGCCAGAAGCGCAGCGAGAGCGUCUCGACGUCCGAUGAGGACAGCCCGUAUGAAGACAGGAAUGACCUAAAGGCAUCCCCCACCCUGGGCAAGAGGAAGAAGCGGCGGCACAGGACAGUUUUCACUGCUCACCAGCUGGAAGAGCUGGAGAAGGCGUUCAGCGAGGCCCACUACCCUGAUGUGUAUGCCCGAGAAAUGCUGGCUGUGAAAACUGAGCUCCCUGAAGACCGGAUACAGGUCUGGUUUCAAAACCGGAGGGCCAAGUGGCGCAAGCGGGAGAAGCGCUGGGGCGGCAGCAGCGUGAUGGCCGAGUACGGGCUGUACGGGGCCAUGGUGCGCCACUGCAUCCCGCUGCCCGACUCCGUGCUCAACUCCGCCGAGGGUGGCCUGCUGGGCUCCUGCGCGCCCUGGCUCCUGGGGAUGCAUAAAAAAUCCAUGGGGAUGAUAAGGAAGCCAGGAAGUGAAGAUAAGUUGGCAGGACUCUGGGGCUCUGACCACUUCAAAGAAGGUUCUAGCCAGAGUGAGUCAGGACCACAGAGAGGCUCGGAUAAAGUGAGCCCUGAGCAUGGCUUGGAAGAUGUGGCUAUCGACCUCUCCAGCUCUGCCCGGCAGGAGACCAAGAAAGUGCACCCUGGGGCUGGUGCUCAAGGAGGCUCCAACUCCAUGGCACUGGAGGGGCCCCAGCCAGGGAAAGUGGGAGCCAUAUGAGACCCACAAGUCCCACCGUCAAAGGCUGAAAAUGUGCAUAUUCCUCACUGGCAUUUUCCAAAAGAUAAAAAUGGUCCAAGAUAUAUACUCUCAGUUUGAUUUUCUUCUGACACUGUCAAGAUAAAAUGCAAUGCCACUUGCUUUAAGAGGACAGAUGAGUGACCUAGGGAAAAUUCUAUUUCAUUCUAGAAUGGAAACGGUUCCUUAAUGGCACUUUAACCAGUUAAUUUGGUGCAAAACUUUUGAUUCUCUUUUGUAGCUUGAGCAGGGAGGACCCGAAGUUCAAAAAUGAUUUCACUGCUGGGCAUCAUUUGAGAUGUGUGGUUCAAUGUGCUAUACAGAUGAACAGGUUAGGUCUGAUGUCCUCAUUCUCAAUUAGGAAAUAUAAAAUUCUUUAAUCUCCAGAAGAAUCUGAUAUCAUUAUAGUGAAGACUCCAUACAGACACAUGAAUUAAUUAUAUUGUCUUUACCUUGAACUUGGCCUUGGAUAUUUCAAUUUUCUUGUUACAGGGUAAUUUAUGUUUUCCUGAGUGUCACUUGAUAGGCUAUUUAUAUUGGAACUCAAAGAAAGCCAUACUCUGGGCGUUUCUGCAUUUCCUUCAAAAAUAGCGUGGGAUCACAUUUAAACAAUUGUUGGAUAGCUGGAAACAGUGUUUUUAGGUCAGACCAGGCUUUUGGUCUUUUACAAUUUUUGAUUGAAAGCACUUUAGUGACUUGGAUUUUGUAAAUGUUUCCUUUCCUGCGUUUCCUUUGCCAUUUCUUUAUUAUUUAAAAAAUAAACAUUUUGUGGUGUGUUUGCUUCUCAAGGCACUCCCUCUAUUACACACAUGCACAUCUCCACUAUCUCUGAUCCCAGCCAAACUCUCCCUUCACCCCUUCUCAAUCUGGGGACACGUGACACAUUUUAUUUAUUCUUCAGGCUGCAGCUCUUAUCAUGUGUUGCUUUGUCAACUCCUCUGGGGCAGCAGCUGUGUCUGACUCACUCUUUGGAGUUCAGAGUCCAGAGAGAUACCUUCUAGUUGAUGGGAAAAUGUGGUGCUUCGUGAAGAAGGAAGGGCAGUGCAAGGAAAGUGUGGAGCUGCUCAUUGUGAGGGCUUUCUCUGGGAACUGGCACAGUGAUCUGUCAGGCCAGGCUUGGUGGUCCCAUCUCUGCAGGUAAGAAAACAGAAGCUCUCUCCCUUUGGCCAAUUUUUCUCAUUCUAUGCUAGUUCCAUACUGUUGGGAAAAUUAAACAUCACCAAUUCCUUUCUGUAGCAACAGAAAAUGAUGAGCCCUGUGUUCUUGUAUUAAUUCUGGCUACUAGAGAUCAUAACUGAGGCCUGAGACUGCAUCCAUAAUGAGCAGUUGGCAUGAACUCUGGAAGUUCUUCUGUCUUUCCUGUUUAGAGACAGCAGCCCUGGCUCCAGGCUCUGGGGCCACACAGGUUCUGCCUCCCAGAAGGUUCUCAACACGUUUCCUCAUGUUUACUCCUUGGUUGUUGCUUCCAUCCCUCUUCCUUAGCUUAUCCAGGAUUGAGUUUGGGAGACGGAACCAGUAAGCUGUGCAACUUAUAUACAUCACACUUAGACAAUACGGGCAGCCACUAAAAUUGUAACAGUAAGCCCUAUUUAUUAAUGUGAAAUGAUGCUGACAAAAUAUUGCUGAGUAAAAAAAUCCCUAAAUAAAAGAACAAAGAUAGAAAUAAACAAAUAUGUAAGGCAGAAUGAAAAUGAAAUAAAUAACCUUGACAACUGGUUCUGCAUACAAAAUAUACAAGUAGUGGACAAAUCUCUGUGUAAUGUUACAAAGGAAAAGGAGAAAAUAGGAAGUGGCACAAGACAAAGGGGCUAGAAGCACUAAAGUAAAAAUGGAAGGAUGCUUUCUUAACAUAAGGAACUCUCUUCAAUAUGGCAGACUAAUAUUUUAUAAUGUAUACAUACUUACACGUGUGUAUAUAUACACAUAUAAUGUAAGAGCAUAGUCUUUGAGGAGACUUUGCCACCUCUAGCCAUGUGACCUUGGAUGGGUUACACUACCUUUCUGAUCUGUCGGUUUUUCAACUGUAAAAUGGGGAUAACAGCAGAACACUCGUUUUUCUGAAGAUUAAAUGAGAUGACAUGAGUAAUGUACUUGGCUCAGUUUCUGGUGUAACUGAGGAAGGAACAAAUUAAAUAUUUAACUAUUAUUACUGUAAUUAUUGGCAUUUCUAUUAAUGUCAAAAUUCAAGUGAGGAAGUUUGUUAUCAUUAUCAUUAUUUGACAAUAUGGGACCAACAAAAGAAAUCAUGGAAUAUUAGCUUGUUGGAAUGGUCUGCAACAACUCAAGAAGAACUCUAGGAACACAGCAAAAUGUCACCCUCAGAGCAGGGCCCGGUGUGUCACUGGGCUGCUCUCUCUCUCUGGCUGUGCAAGGACCAGGAGCUCAACUGGCCACGCCCCACAGAGGACCACCACUGUCCUGUGUGACUAGAGUCUGGGGAUAAGGACUUUGAGCUGCUCAGGAACAUCAUCAGGAAUCCAGGACUCAAGCUUGUCCCCGCAAGGUCACUGGAGGCUCCUGAAGUCCAGACAUCACAGUGGAGACCACUUACGGCCACACUUCAUCAAGGAGUAAACCCCCACCGGCAAGCAGAGCCCCCUCUCACUCCUCAGUGGUCAGCACUGCAUGUCACGCUGGGGCCUAAGCCAGUCGUCACCAGCCAGAGGAUGAGACAUUGGGCUGCAGAGAAGUGAAAUGAACCUGCUAAGCCGAUUGUCAAAUGGAUGAGAAACUCAGAGCCAAGGAUCGGGAAAACACCCUUAAAGAACGAGGUGAUGGCUGAGUCUGUCCCAGGCCAGUGCUUUGAUAAGGCUGUGAUCACCACAGUGGGAUAGUAUUGGCUCAGGGGGAAGAAUGGACCCAUGCAGCAGGAAAAGGAGCAGGCAGCACACACAGUGUGGACACAAAGCUGGUGUGGCUGACACCUGGGGAGGGCUGGCUUUUUGGUAAGUUACUGGGACAACUGUUUGUCCAUAUGGGAAAACAUACAAUUGGACCUGUACUUCACACCUUACAGGAAAACACUUCCAAGUGGAUUAAAGACAUGGUGUAUAUGUUUGGUGUGUGAAAGGCAAAACUAUAAAACUUUCAGAUGUUUUGAUUUAGAAGAUCCUUCAAUUCUCCCCAAACUGUGGCUUAAAACAAUCAUUUUAAGCUCACAACUGUGUGCAUCUAUUUCAGCUAGGUUCGCCAAGCCACAGUCUCUUGUUCUCUCUCAGCCCCACCUUCCCCUCUCUUUCUACCGACAUAUAUACAAGAGUUGUUGAGAAAUGCUCUCCAUUUUCCAGUGCAAACUUCUGCUCCUGGAGACUCCUAUUCACUGGACUUUGCAGGAGACACACAGGCUCCCCAAACCCUGCUGUGGUGCCUGAUGACCUUCAGCUGAACCCUGUAAUGCUGCUAAAGUCUGCCCCUCUGGAGAAGUGCUCAGGUAGCAUUGUUCUGCCUCAGGAAGCAUGCCAAUUUUCCUGUGUCAUCCUUGAUGAUCACUGCUACCAGACUUGCCCCCUGCAGGGCACCCUGAUGUGCAAGGAAUUCAACAGCCUGGGAGUUGAAAGCGUUGGUCUUCCAAGUUCAGCGUGUGCUUUCCCGUAUCUGUUACCAGCUGAUGAGAAUAAACCUGCAGUCAUGACAGCUAGGUCCAAGUGACAGGUGCAGAAAACUGCUCUUACAGAAAUGCCCCUCCUUAUUUAAGAGGCUUUGUCUAUCACUCGGAACUGCUUCUACGCAAGAUUAUCUGUUGAAAGGGAAAUGUCAUACCAGGGCAUUGUUCUGACUUUUCUGGACUUCCUCAACCCAAAAUGCCUUGAAGAAAAAAAAAAAAGACACUGAGGGUUAGGGGAGGGUCUUACUCUGUCUCCAGGCUGGAGUGCAGUGGCACGAUCAUAGCUCACUGCAACCUCUACCUCCUGGGCUCAAGUGAUCCUCCCACCUCAGCCUCCCGUGUUGCUAGGAUUACAGCGUGAACCACUGCCCCAGCUACUUCCAACUCUUAAGAGUUCACCCCAGGCUGGCUGCCCUUUUCCCCUCUUUCCAUCAUGAGUGACACACAGGCAUCCCCUUCGGCCAGCGUGGCUGACCUGCGUCUGCCUGGGCGCUCAGCUAGGCACCCAUGUGAGUUCACAGCCUGGAAUUUUAAGCGGAGGAGUUUCUGUGCUUUUCUGCCCUGGUCCCUCUUACUGACCCUCUAAGUCACCAGCCGUGGUCGUCUCCUCUUUGACCCCUGAUCUCAACCCGGGUUUUGAAAUGUGUUUGUUCACGUAAUUGUCUGUUACCCACCCUUCCUGUCAUUGCAGAAUCCGUUGUCUCAUACUGACAUUUUAGGACUUUUUUUCACUUUCUUCUGUUGAAGAUCACCUACUAAAAAGGAGUACUUCCUCCUUUUCAUUCUUUCUUUAUAAGAAUUACAUUUUAACAGAUAAAUUAAAAUUGUAUAUAUUUAUGGUGUAAGACGUAAUGUUUUGGAAUGUGUAUACAUUGUGGAAGGACUAAAUCCAGGUAAUUAACAUAGCAUUACCUCACAUAAUUUUUUUGUGUGUGUGGUGUGAACACUUAAAAUCUACCCCUUCAGUGAUUUCGAGUAUGUAACACAUUGUUAGUAACUAUAGUCACCGUGUAUACAGAACUUAAACUCACUCCUCCUGCAGAACUGAAAUUUUUUGUCCUUCGACCAGCCAGGUUGCCCCUUUUCUAUUUCCCUCUUUAACACAGUCAAUUUUGUGCAGUAACUAAACUGGGAAGUGGAGGAGAUUCUGGGAUCUCCUUUACUGUCCCAUUAGGGAGCCCUUGGAGGGCCAGGGAUUCCAUAACAAUGACCAAGGUGAAGCCAAAUAUUGCACAGGAGUGUGUAUGUGCAGGGGGUUGGGGGCGGCAUUCCUUUUCCCAAGUAAUGCAAUGAGUCUUGCAAGAAAUUCCUGCAUGGUACACUUCUCUGCCCCGGAUCACAUCUCCUCAAAUAUCUCUUACUCCGGUCUUGCUUCCUGCUGUUAAAUUCAGUUUAGUCUAAAGCUGCCUCCUUACAUAUUUAAGUCUGGCCAAUAGGUUUCUUUGUACAUAGUAAACUAUAACCUAUCUGGAUGUGUAAACAGGCUGUAACCUACUCUCGUGCCAAUCACUGAGAUUUUGGCCAAUCACAGUGGGCCAACUGUUUAAACCAUGUUCAAAUAAGACAUCAAGCUGUAACCA